AUGAAGAAGCUGGUGAUCAAGCCGUACCGCCAGAACAUGGGCAUGGACCAGGCACGCGCCCAGGAGAUCUGGACGUCGCUGCGCACGGCCAUCUACGAGAUCUUCUCGCACAACGCGAGCCUAUUGUCCUUCGAGGAGCUGUACCGCAAUUCGUACAAUCUGGUACUUCACAAGCACGGCGAUCUGCUCUACAAUGGCGUCGUGGACGUUAUUACCGAGCACCUUCAGAGCGUAACACAGCAAGUGGCCGCUGUAUCGGACGAUAUGCUGCUCGUGGCGCUUAACGACCAAUGGGUUGAUCAUCAGAUCGUCAUGACGAUGGUGCGCGACAUCCUCAUGUACAUGGAUCGCACUUACGUGACGCAGAAGCGCAAGCUGCCAGUGUACGACAACGGGCUGUACAUCUUCCGAGACGUCAUCGUGCGUCACGACAGUAUACGCGACCGACUGCGUGCUCGACUACUGCUCAGUAUCGAGCGAGAGCGACACGGAGAGCUCAUCGACCGAGAUCUCGUUAAGAGCGUACUUCGCAUGCUCGUCGAUCUCGGUGUGCACUCUAAUACAGUGUACGAGAACGACUUUGAGAAGUUUUUUCUCGAUACGACGCUGGAUUUCUACCGAGCUGAGGCCCAAUCCAUGUUGGAUGUGGCUACAUGUCCUGAGUACUUGGAGAAGGCCGAGCAGCGGCUGAAUGAAGAAGGAGCUCGUGUACUGCACUACUUGAGCCCGUCCACGGAGCAUAAACUGAAGACGAUCGUGGAGACGCAGCUGAUUAAAAACCAGGCCAAGGCGCUGGUGGAGAUGGAACAUUCCGGGGCUGUGGCACUAUUCCGAGACGGUAAAAGCCAGGCACUACGUCGAAUGUACUCGCUGUUUCGACGUGUACCUAGCACGUUGCCUGAGAUCAGUGAGAGCGUGUUCCAGUACAUUAAAACGCUGGGCGACGAGGUCGUCAAGACUCAGUCGAAUUCGGAGACGGCGUUGGAUGCGUCACAAUUUGUGGAAAAGCUAUUGGCAUUACGUGAAAAAUUCGUGGGUUUCUUGUCGGAUUGUUUCUUCGACGACCCACAGCUCCACAAAUCUAUUAAGCAAGGGUUCGAGGCCUUUAUGAACACUAACACAGUGUGUGCCGGGUAUCUAGCACACUAUCUGGAUGAGUUGCUGCGCUCUAAGAAACGGUUUGAAGAGGAGAUGGACACGCGGGUAACGCAAGUCAUUGCAUUGUUCCGGUAUCUACAAGACAAGGAUGUGUUUGAGGAGUUCUACAAGGUGUUACUGGCUAAACGUCUUCUAAAUAGUCGCGGUACUUCGGACGAAGCGGAGAAGCUCGUGAUCUCGAAACUCAAGGCCGAAUGUGGCUACCAGUUCACGUCCAAGCUAGAGGGAAUGUUCAAGGAUAUGAGUAUAUCCAAGGAUCUUAUGGAGCUGUACAGGAAGUCCGGACACGACACCCGAGGUACCGGUUUUGGUAUCGAUAUGUCUGUCGCCCCUAUGCCGCUGUCAGUGCAUGUGCUCACAAGUGGCUUCUGGCCCACAGAGAUGGCUCCAAUGUGUGCUCUUCCCUUGGAACUUGUCCAGAUGACGCAGGCCUUCGAGUCGUUCUACUACGCACGACACAAUGGACGGAAGUUGGCGUGGAUGGCAAACAUGGGUACAGUAGAUGUCCGAGCCAUGUUUUCAGCGGGUCUGGAGGAUGCUAAACGUCGUCAUGAGCUCAACGUAUCGACGUACCAAGCUGUCAUCUUGAUGCUGUUUAAUCAGCGCUCGGAAUGGCGCUUCAAGGAGCUCCUGGAGCGCACACGAAUUGACGUAAAGGACCUGAAGCGACACCUCAUUUCUCUCUGCACUCCCAAGUACAAAAUUUUGAUCAAGAGUUCGAAGGGAAAACGUAUCGACGAAGAGACGGAUACAUUCUCAGUGAAUGACUCGUACAAGUCCAAGCUGCUGCGUGUUCGGAUACCGCUAGUGUCUCAGAAGGAGACGUCGUUGUUGCCAGCCGUGGCGUCAAGCACGAACAAUGCAGCCGAUGCACUGCCACCUACAGUCGCUGAGGACCGCAAGCAUCUAGUCGAGGCCUCGAUCGUGCGUAUCAUGAAGACGCGCAAGCAGAUGCAGCAUAAUCAACUUAUCGCUGAGGUUACGCGCCAGAUGACUGGACGCUUCACGCCGUCCCCACAACUCAUCAAGCUGCGCAUCGAGAGUCUGAUCGAGCGCGAGUAUCUCCAGCGCAGCAUCACGGAUCGACGAAUGUACAACUAUUUAGCUUGA